UCAAGGAUUUCUCUCUUCGCUUUUGUCAAACAGUAGGAGAUUCCACCGCCGCCGGUCGCCGUCGCCUCCGCCGUCACCAUCUCAUCUGUGGUGCUGUUCCAAGAUCCAAGUCCUGCGACUCCACGGAGGAAUCUUCGUUCCCUUUUACCUCUGCCUCUGCUCCCCCGCUUGGGGAUGCCGAUCAAGAGGCCACUCUACAACCGCCUGAACCAUCGUCCUUUCCCCCGGCGCCGGUAGUUUCAGAAACUAUAAUGUCUUCGAGGGAUCCUAACGCCAUCUUCAGUGGAGGCGGUAUCAGUUUUCUUAAUGGAAAUCAGACUGGAAAGUUCAGCUAUGGGUAUUCUAGUUUCAAAGGAAAAAGGGCUUCGAUGGAGGACUUCUAUGAAACAAGAAUUUCUGAAGUUGACGGGCAGAUGGUCGCUUUUUUUGGUGUUUUUGAUGGUCAUGGAGGUUCCAUAACAGCUGAAUACCUUAAGCGCAAUCUUUUCAAGAACCUAAGUAGCCACCCAGACUUUAUCAAAGACACAAAGACUGCAAUUAUUGAGGUCUUUAAACAGACCGAUGCCGAUUAUAUUAAUGAAGAGAAAGGGCAGCAGAAAGAUGCUGGCUCAACUGCAUCAACUGCUGUUCUGUUAGGGGAUCGUCUCCUCGUUGCAAAUGUUGGGGAUUCCAGAGUAGUUGCGUCUAGAGCUGGUUCAGCUAUUCCCCUCUCUAUUGAUCACAAACCUGAUAGAUCAGAUGAACGAGAAAGGAUUGAACAAGCUGGAGGUUUCAUUAUUUGGGCAGGAACUUGGAGGGUUGGUGGUAUUCUAGCAGUUUCGCGUGCCUUUGGAGAUAAGCUACUCAAACCAUAUGUUGUUGCUGAUCCUGAAAUACAGGAAGAAGAAAUUGACGGUGUAGAUUUUAUUAUCAUUGCAAGUGAUGGACUUUGGAAUGUUUUAUCAAAUGAGGAUGCUGUAGCAUUGGUGCAACACAUCCAAGAUACAGAAGUGGCAUCAAGAACACUAAUCCAAGAAGCGUAUGCUCGAGGGAGUUCCGACAACAUUACAUGUGUCAUUGUACGAUUUGGUCUAUCGUAACUCGAUACAAUCCAUCAAACUUGUAUGAAGUAGCAAAUGGCUCUUCUUUCCCAUGGAAUGCCAUGACUAACUACAGUUACUGGUCUUAACACGGCCUUCAUCCUUAAAGAUUAGCUGAAUUGUUUGUUUAUAUUGAGUAGAAUAUGUAACUUAUCCUAGCUGUGCUCAGGACGUUCCUGCUCAAUCUGUAGACUGCUUAAAACGUUGCCUUUAUAUGUAUAUGACAGACUGAUAUGUUCACUUUUGAUUCAAACUCGUGUUAACGGAUGUCUUUUUCACUGCGUUUUCUCA